GAAGGUGGUGGAGUGGUAGUUACAUCAUAAAGCAAAUAAAACAGCUCAACAAAGUAGUAAUACCACAUCUGCAUACAGUCAGAAUCACCUAAAUAUUUGAAUGAUUAAACAUAAUCUGCCCCAACUUUAUCACAUUAAGUAACCUUUAAUUUAGAAACAUGGGCUGUAGUACAAAAAAGAAAGAAAUAAAUAAAUUAAAAUUCAAAAAAUUAAAGAAUGAUCAAAGGAUAAUAAUAUAUGUCUGCCUCUUUUUCAUAAUCACCAGAAAUGAAAAAAGUAGGCAGCAAAACCAACUUUCUGAUGCGAUUUUGUUCGAAAAAGAUUAUUCAGAAACUCGUAUAUUCAACUUUCUUAGGCUCUGAUGACCCGAAGCUGACUCAUACAGCUGAAAAGUUCAAACCCGAAAACCCCUUAUAAAUAGAUUAUUAAACCUAACAAGUUUUCAUCAGAUCAAGUUUUCGGGUUUGAAGCAUUUCUUCUAAUAGCACUCUGAACCAAAGCAAGCAACUACAAUGGAACUACUGCACCACAGCCAAUCAAGAUUCGCUAAGAAAAACGCGCAUAAGAAACAUUUUACCGGUUUUCCAAUCAGCUCGGCAGAGUAUGCGUUCUCGAUUAGAAGUUCUCCGAAAGCACUUUUACCUGAUCCAACUUCUCAGUACCAACUUAUGCCUUCUCCUUCAAGACAUUACUCCAAAAUCAGACACGGUAAAGUGAGUUCGGUAAUCACUAAGAUGAUCAAACUCGGAGAAAAUAUGGAUGUUUUUGCUCAAGGAAUUCGAGAGCAUGUGAGAUUGGGACCGAAGUUAAGCGAAACGGUGAGAGGAAAGUUGAGCCUGGGGGCAAGAAUUCUUCAAGUCGGUGGAGUGGAGAAAGUUUUCAGACAGAAAUUCAAUGUUAGAGAAGACGAGAAACUGCUAAAGGCUUCUCAGUGCUAUUUAUCAACGACAGCUGGACCAAUAGCUGGGCUUCUCUUUGUUUCGAGUGAAAGAGUUGCUUUCUGUAGUGAGAAAUCCAUCAAACUCUCCUCGCCAAAUGGGAAGCGUCUGAAAGCACAUUACAAGGUGAUGAUCCCACUGAGAAAAAUAACGAGAGCCGUCGAAAGUGAGAAUGUGAAAAGACCAACACAGAAGUACGUGCAGAUAGAGACGGAGGACAAUUUCGAUUUCUGGUUCAUGGGAUUUCUAAAUCAUCAGACAACCUUAAAGUAUCUCCAGCAGGCAAUCUAUCAACAAGCCAGAUGAGAAUUUAGGCCAAAAUCUACGGACUCGUAGAUGUUAAUUGAAAGAAGCUAGAUACACACUCUCACAAAAUUGUACAAAAUUUAUAAGAACUCUUGAUCUCGUUUCAUCGGGAUGAGGAGUUCGCAUUAUGUCGAAAGAACAAACUUAGUUCUUUAUAUUUAUCUUCUUUGGAGUAAAACCAAGUGCAU